UAAAUUUUUUUGUUUUUCCUAUCAUAUUUGAGCAACUAUUAAAAAUUCACUCCCAAAAUUUUUUUCUAUUAAAUUGAAAUGCUAAUGGAGGAGAGCUCGAUCCCGAACAUUCCCAACGAGGUGAUCAACUACGUUGAGGAGCAGCAUGCUCGGCACCGCGAGUUGACCAAGCAGAAGAAAACUCUGAAGAAGUGCAUCAAAAAGCUGCAGGGCAUGCUGAAAAUGCUAGAAGGUCGCAAUGAUGGACUACCGUGCACAAUUGCCGCUGGCAACAUCUACCAGCAGUGCACCGUGCAAGAGUUGAGGAGUAAUCUAACCGCCAAGCUAACGAUAUACGUGGGCAAGUUCGUCAAGGUCCACCGGAAGCUAUUGGGCAUACACCGGGAUCUUAGUCAGGAUUACGAGACGAUCUGCGAGAACGCAAACAGCAUAGAUGUAGUCAACUGAAUGUAUGAUGAUUCUAUAAACAUCUUGUAAUACAUAUUCACAUAUAUUUCGGAAAUAUCUGCAAGCAAAAAGCAUACAGUGCAUACCCACUAUUUAAUUUUAAGGCAUAUGUUAAAUCACAAUUAUAAAAUAAUCAACAUUUUCCACUCCUCG